GAAGUCAAGAUAAACACUUUUAAAUACAUGUGAGUUUGGUAGUGCCUAAACUAUUACCCAGACUUCUCAGGACCAAGCACUAGGGACUUAAUGCUUGACUUUCCCUCAUCACCCGCAUUCCUCUUCCAUGUGGGACAUAUCUCAGGAUUGUUCCAGACAUCAGUAUGGCAGAUCUGCAAUUUUAUCUCCUAGGUGGCAGCAGUCACUGAUGGAGGUUGGCUGUGUUUCAAGCCUGGCUGGUACUCCUACAGAGGAAUGGCUGAGUGAAACUCUUCCUUGUCCACUUAUUGUCCUAGAAAUUUCCAAAGAGCACCCCAAGCUGGUCAGAGACAGCUUCUGAAAGCAUUUUCUAUCAGACUGAGAAACAGGAUUAAAGUCUUUUAGUUCCUAGCUGCCUCCUUUUGGUCUUUGCUGCUUGCCACAUUCCCAAGAAACAGACUGUAUCACCAGUGCCUCAGAAGUAAGCCUCUCGGUAAAAGAAUUGGGGGAGAGAAAAAGAAAAUUUGAAAAGGCAGCCUCAGCAGGUGAAGAAAUGAGACGGUGGAGAAAUCGAGCAAAACACACUGCCAGAAGAUCUGGCUAAUGAUAAUGAUUCUGCUUCAGAGACUUUGGAGAUGAAAGUAAUUUUGCUCUUCUUGCAUCUCCCUCCCCACUGACAAUCUCUAGAAAGGAAAGCUGGAAUAUGUCCAGCAAUAUUUUUAUCUUUCUUCUUUUCUGCCACAGUCUGCCAUCUACUUAGAAGCUCCAUUUCAAGCCCUGCUCUGCCAGGUAGAGGAGAACUGCACUGUAAAAGGUGCAGAUAACAGCAAGUCUGCUCCACCUGUGCUUUUCCCUUGCUGUUCUAGGAGAUAAAAUUCGAUCAUAUCAGUAGAGACAUCUUUCUUUUUAAAGACUUGUCAAGGAAUGAUUUCUCAUUAAUCUAGCCAUGAUGCUAAGAGCAUAUAUUACUGAACCGAGCUUUCUCAGCAGAGACAGUGAACAUCUGCACCUGGAGUGAGGCGAGGAUGCCAGGACCUUCCUCGCUGCACGGGAACAAACAUCUGAGUCUUUGAGCCCCCAGAAAUGUUAACCAAGUCCCGCAGAGGCUGUCCGGCGGAGCUGACCACGCCGUGACAGGGACACAGCCACAGCGAGACAACGCGAGCUGCCGGGGAGCCAAGGGGCGACCCACCAUGGGGGCGCUGGGGGCUGAGCUACUGAAAGGGCAUCUGGGUAGCUCCUCUUCCUCCAUUAGCUCCGGGAGAAUGAGACUGGAGAAGUUACUCCAGAAUAAAUGACAACUUUUUAUUCCUUUCCGCAUUUGUCGGGAGACGAAGCUUUCACCAGAGGGACCUGUGCGUCUCCAGACUGCCUCUUCCAAAGUAGUGAGCAGCCGCCUGGAUGGCAAAGGGUUCCCACAGCAGCAUCCAUCACCCUUCAAACUCCUUUUAUUCUCGGGAGCGUCUUCUCCGAGCGCUGCACGGACGAGAAAAGCCACCGGAUCCUGGCCAGGCUGUGCCUCGACUACAGCAGCGGAGCCCUGACUGGGGACCUCUGUGAAGACCUGUGUGUGGCACACAAGCUGGUGUACAAACACUGCCUUUACUAUGACAGAGGCAAGAAGGUCAUUCAGGCGGACUGGAGAGGCCAGCCCAUCGUACUGAAAUCCAAAAAGGAAAUCUUUUCCAGCUACCAGCACCUCAGUAUGCUAGAGGAGAUGGAAACACAGGAUAUCCCUGAAACAGAGCUUCUGCUUAUGGUAGCUUUGGAGGUCAAAAAUGCCCUGGGGCUAGAACUGUCUAACAAUACCAUGGGGCCCCUGUGGACAAGGAAGAAGGGACCAAGUUGGAAAGCACAGGUGGCCAGCAUGUGGUCCUUGCUCCAGCAGGAAGAAUAUAUCUACUUCAGUUUGCUGCAGGACUUCAGCAAACAUGUGCUACGAAUUAUUGGCUCUUGUGGACACUUUUAUGCUGUGGAGUAUCUCACAGCUGGACAUGCCUGGCACAAAACUCUUUUUCCCUUGGAAAAUGUGAUCGGCCCCUCCCUUACUGGACACAGAAGCAGGGUGAGAGCCAUCAUUGACAUUGCACUCAGCUUUCUGGACAUGGUGCAGCAUUUUGACAAUGACUUCUCUCACCGACUUCACCUGUGCGACAUCAAACCAGAAAACUUCGCUAUCAGGCAGGAUCUCACGGUGGUGGCCAUUGAUGUGGAUAUGGCCUUUUUUGAACCCAAAAUGAGGGACAUCCUGGAACAGAAGUGCACAGGAGAUGAAGAUUGUAAUUUCUUUGAUUGCUUUUCAAAAUGCAAUCUGAAAAUCAGAAAAUGUGGAGCACAGAGAGCCAAUAACAACUUGCAAGUAAUUUGUGACAAAAUAUUCCGUCGCUGGUUUUCCCCGAAUCUCAGAGGAGCGCUGGUUUCCCUGCCCCUGCAGCUGCAGCUGCAGAAAGCCGUGCAGGAGUGUGCUCAGCCGGGGCACACGGGUGCCACCGGGCACCAGAGGACUCUGAAAUCCCUCUCCGAGUUGUACCACCUGCUUCGGGUCACUCAGCGAGAACUGCAAGGGGCAGAGUAGACACAAAAGGCAGAACUGCAAAGGCCACAUCCCCUUCUCUCUGCCAUGCCUCCCAACCCUGUACUUUUACAGCACAGAGAUGCCUUUCUGCUAUGCAAAUGAAGUUCAUGGCUGCAGGUGCAGCACGUCCUGAUAAUAUCCUGUCAAGUGUUAAAUUGCUUUACAUUACUUGGAUUCUGUUCUUGCUUAUUUUCCUGAGCCAGCAUUACCCCUCUCCAUCAGCAUUCAGCACAUCCUUCUGAGCUGUAGUCACUGCUCGGAUAGCAUCUGAGUGUGGUGCUCAGUCAUUGUGGUGCUCAGCUUCAUUUACAGAAGAAAAGUGUAAGUGCAGCAAAACUCCAUCAAUAAUGAAAAGAAUGGAUGGGUGGGUGUGAAUAAGUACAUGUAUGGUGUUUAAGUUUCUCUGUCAAAUGAGGGGAGGGAUUUACAGUACAGACAGAGCAUUCUGUGUUGAAAAAAAAAGGGGGAUCUCAAACAGAGAAAUGUGCUGUCACACAAGGAAAGGGUUGCUUUUGUACAAAGCAGUCCUUUCUGAUGUCCCCAAAUGCAUUCUCUCUGGGGCAUUGCAUUACCUGUGCCAUAACUAACUCUUUAGGGGAAUAAUUAUAUAAAGGUACUUUGGACUUUUCUAGAGCAAAAUAAUUAUACCCUUGCUGAGCUCCCAUGUGGGUACUCAUAUUCUGCAGUGAAGAGGUAUGAAUAAUGCUACUGGAUUUUCCCAUGUGAACAAGCCCUCAGGCACUUGUACAUCAGAGCACUUGAUAAGAAACACUCUUUUGCCAGAGAGCAGAAAUGCCCAGGAAUGUCAACAAUCUGUCCUUUGCACAGAACAAUAUCCAGACCCAGAGUUUUCUUCCACGGUAUUUUUUUAAUGAACAAAAGGAAAAAUUUUUGUACACAUUCAUUAUCUUGCAAUCAGUUAUGUAAAUAAA